AUGAAUCGGGAGUUCACCCAGGAGGAGAUCACCGUAGCCAGGUUUGUGGAGUUGAGCAGGCUCGACGAGUUCAGGGCGAAGGAGGACAUCGACCGGUCAGCAGCCAUGGUGAAUUUCGAUGCGCGCUACCGCGAGAUCACCAUCGAGCAGCUCAACACGAGGAGGUUGGUUUCAGAGCCAAGCGCUUGCGUCUGCGAAGAUGCGAAGGUAGUUGUGACCAGACACGUAGACGAUGGCAUGGUCAUUGGAGACGGCUCAGGUCCAGACGAGUUCUUAGAGGCGCUGGGCGAGCAUUUCUUGCUUAGGAUCACUCCAGAGAUGACCAGAGGCAGCUCUCAAGUACACUUUGGGCGCAUCAUCAGGAAGCUCAGUCAUGGCAUGGGAUUUCCUGUUCGGGUGGCGCCCAAAACGACUUACAAUUUACUCGAGCACAGGGGAGUUCAGAAUGCGAAGGCGGUGGCGACUCCAGGUUUGAAGUCAGCGGCGCAGCAGGACGGCGAGGAGUUGCUUACUGAUGGCGAGGCAAGGAAGUUCAGGGCUGCUCGCUAUCUCGGCGGUGCUGGGGAAUUUGCCAAUCCCAUCGCGCCAGAGGCCGUGGGCAGCAUCGCCAUCGAGGUGAAGGUGGGUAGCGGCUGGGCAGGCGACGAGCUUGGAAGGGGGAGCACUUCGAGCGGGCGCGUUUAUCUCAGCGACAUGGCGGCUUCAGCCCACAGCAGAACGCAGGCGGGCCCAGCGACGCCGUCAACGGAGGCGGACGUCUACGCCGCUGGCCCAGCGGGCCUGCAGGUGGUGGACCGCCAGGCCCUCGCCGAGGUCGCCGGCCUGCGCAGCUCGGUGCUGCGGCAGCGCGGCACGUGCCCGUCGUGGUCGUGGCAGAGGGCCAGCGCCUGCGAGGCGGCGCUCUUCUACGACCCGCUUGGCGACCCAGAGGGGUGGCGCCCUGGCCCCAACCGCAAGAGCUCGGGCAACCGUCUGGCGCAGGAGGACGGCCGCGGCCCCUGCUGGCUCUCCGGCGGCACGGACUGGCAGGCCUUCCAGGGCGCGUGGCGCUGCCUGUCCAAGGAUGGCAUCCGCCCCGCCUGGGUCGCGUUCCGCGUCUGCGUGGCUACCCCGGAGCUGUCCGGUGCGUUCCUCACCCUGUCGGCCAGCACGCACACCUGGGGCCUGGCGGAGCCGGUCGUGGCCUUCAGCUACCGCGGCGACGACGCGAGGGAGGGCCAGCGGCGCUGCUUCUCGGUGCAGUCCGGCUCCACGCAGAAGGGCGACCCCGUCCACGUGUGCCACGGCCCGCUCGUGGAGGUGAGCGCCUCGAAGACCUACGACGUGGCCGUGCACCUGGACUGGGACCCGCGGCGCCCCAGGAGCUGUCGAUGUACGUCGACGGCGCGCUGGAGGUCGACGGCGUGCCCCUCCAGGCCAGGGCCCUUUGCGGGCGGGAGCGGCUGCGAAGCCUGGCAGGCCCGGGAGGAGCUAGAGGCCCAGUCGCCCAUCCGCCACGCGGCCGUCUUCAACUGGAGGAGCGCUGCCCGGGCAGCGUUCUCGGAGCUGAUGCUGGGAGACGAGUGUCCCCACCCGGUCGCGCGGCGCGGGCUGCAUCGGCCCGCGGCCCGCGAGAGCGCGCGCGGGGCCCGAGGCGGCGCCUCCAGCGGGGUGCUCAUGGCCCUCGCGGCCGUGCUGCUGGCCGCGGCGCUGCAUUGGGCCGGCUGUGCUUGGUGA